CUGAUGGCAUCAUCCGCAUCAGAACUCUUUCGUCGAACAUUCUUCUUUUUUGCUGAAGAGCUUCACAAUGAUCCGUGUCAUUGCUCUCAUUAUUAUCCAAGCUCUACUCCAUUUAACUACUACAGCUACAACAACAGCUUUCACCUUUACUACUUUGUCCAGUACUAUGUCUACCACUCCCGUCGAAGAUACCGAAUGGGGCCUCGCUCAGAUUCCGUCGCAGCUGCCGAAUGACAGAAAUCUCGUAGAAGAAGAACAAGAAGAAGAAGCGGUCGAAGUGGCCAUUAUUGGAGGAGGCUUGGCAGGAUUGGCCAUGGCCAUUGGAUUGACUCGGGCCAAUAUUCCCUGCAAAGUUUUUGAACGAGCGCCCCAGCUGCGAAGCAACAGUCAAGGCAUCUUGGCGUUGCAGCCCAAUGGCAUGCGAGCUUUGGAGAAUAUCCAUCCCGAUUUGCCAGACAUGAUUGUCCAGGCUGGAUGCGAACGAGAAGAAUUAGUCAUCACAACCAUUCAGGCGGAUGGCAGUCAACAAGACACCAUUAAAAAGACGGGUCUGGAAAUUAUGCAAAAAUAUGGACGAAAAAAGGUUGGACUGACAUGGCAUAAAAUGCAGCAACUAUUGGCGUCGCUACUGCCAGAUGGAGUCGUCGUCACCAGUCGAUCCUUGGUAUCCUUUCAAGACAAUGAACAUGAAGUUAUUUUACACUUGGUGGACAAUCAUCAUCAUUCGACCACCAACGGUCCCAAACGAACACGCGUCCGUGCCAAAGUAGCACUCGCAUGCGAUGGGGUCUUUUCGGCAGCCCGACGACAAAUGUUCCCGGACAACAACAACGAUGCACCCUUGUACUUUGGACAGCUCAACUGGGCCACUGUCAUUGAUACCGACAAACUACCUCCCAAUGUGCAUCCUCCCAGUGCCGUCCACUACUUUGUGCACGAAGGACAGCCCCGAUGGAUGUCCAUGUUGAAUGACGGAGGAUCCGGACAGACCUUUUGGCAAUUCCGUGUCGCCGAUCCCGAAAUGGCGCUGAGUCUGUCACGCAACAAGGGACGAGGUGGUUUGGGAUUGCCAGGUGUCAAGGAAACAUUGAUACCCGUGGCUCAGUCGUCCUGUCCUCUCGUGGCAGAAGCGAUUGCGUGCAUUCCCGAGAAUCAAAUCUUUGAACGAUCCAUUGUGGGGCGUCGACCGGCAGCAACAUGGUUGAGUCAACCCCAUGGAAGACUGGCUUUGGUGGGAGAUUCUGCUCACGGCAUGCAUCCCAACAUUGCGCAAGGGGCCAACUCGUCCUUUGAGAGUGCCGCGGCAGCCGUAACAGCCAUGGCAGAAGAGUAUCAAAAGAGUGGCAACAAUUUGCAAGAAGUGGACUGGCCAGCGGCAUUGCGAACAUACCAAGAGCGCCGCAAGCCCAAAGCAGACAAGGUGCAACGGUGGGCAAACAUGAUGGGAUGCUCUCAGGCGACUGGUCUCGUUGACGUGCCCAAAGAAGAAAUGGCCAAAAUGAUGGAUUGGAUCCUCGGAGGCGACCCUGAAAAUCACCCUUCUCAAGAAACCAUGGAUAUCAUCUUUGCAUUUGAUCCUAGUUCUCAUCCGGGAGUUUCCGAGAUCCUCUAAUUGACAUGAAAUGACGUUGCCGGAUUCGGCAAUCCUGGGAGCUAUCAAAGAGACGAACUUGCGCGUUCUCUCCACCGGUAUGACCGUCUUGUAGCGGACGAGGACGUUUCCUUGAGGGCGUGAUCGGGUGCAACCUGGUUGUAUUACAUGCUGUUGAGCAAAAGUAGCACUGGAUCCUCAGGUCUUAUAUAGUAUUAUUGGUUUAUUCUUCCAAGGGCAACAGUCCACUAUCUACCAGCCAAGAAA